CUUGAGUUUGUUCAGAUUUAAUGCUUUGAUAUCCUAACAAUUGCAAGAAAGGAUGCGUUUCUUUGCUAUCCUGUUGUUAAGUUAUAUACAUUCCAUUGAUUUAACUGGUGCUCUAAAUGGAAAACUGAUACAUACAGAGAAAUCAUCUAUUAAUUUUACAGCCGCUUGUAUAAAAUUUCCAUGCAAAACAACUAAAGACUUGUUUAAAUCUUCGGGCCGAUACAUUAUAACAAAUAACAUUGCUACUCGUUUCCAAAUUUAUAAGGAUUGCAUUUAUGUAGCUUAUCCAAGAUAUUUAUCUGGUGUUCCAAUGACGCUUGGGGUUACAUGCAAAACUUCAUCUUGUGGUGCAGUAUUCGAUCCAUUUCCAUGCUGGACAUACCAAGAAGAAGGGAAUUGUGAUGCUUUGCAAUCUGUUUCUGAUAUCCAUAUUGAUAAGAAUGGUUUACUUUGGGCUUUAGAUCCCGGUAUAACUAAUACAAUGCAUGAAGCAACAAGGAGAUGUAAAUCAAAGAUUUUUGUCAUUAACAUAAACACGAAAAAAGUUGUGAAAAUCAUUAAGCUAGAAAAAUUAACGGUAUCAAACUCCAGACUACAAUAUAUAAAAGUAGAUUACACAAAGGAUGGACGUUGUUUUGUUUAUGUUAGUGAUGCAGCAACUCGUAGUAUUAUAGUUUACGAUGUUCAAGCAAAAAGAGGGUAUCGCCUCGUCCUUCCUAAAGCUGUGGUACAUGGUUGCACGAAGCGCGAUGUACUCUACCUAGCGUUAUUAACAUGUAGUGGAAAAACCAAACUGUAUUUUACUUACUUAAGUGCUUCAAAACUCUAUUCAAUAGAUGCCGAGCACUUACACAAAGGAAACACUAAAGGACGUAUUGUCGAGGUCGGUACAAAACUCGAAGAUAUUAUAAUUCUUGGUGAGGAUGGAUGCUAUAUUUACUUUAGACAUGCUACUCGUGCGGAUGUUUACCGUUGGAACACAACAACUUGUUUCAAAGUUCAAAAUUUCGAACUUGUUUUUAAGAGUCAGCCUGGUUUGUUGACUACCCAUAUCGCUCCGGACUACAAUAGAAACAAAAUUCGAGCACUCCAAAGUAAUUUCCAUGAUUUCAUUCGUGGUGAAGUCGGAUGUGGUGUGAAGCAUCAAAUAUCUGAUAUUCAAGGAUGCUACACACAACCAAAUUAAAAAUAAGUGUACGAUUAUAUAUGCUUUUAAAGUAAAUUAA